CACUUCUCUGAAUUGCCAGAUAUUAAACGUGUCAUUGUGAAUACUCAUGCAAUAGAGCCACAGGCUUAUGCUCUUGUAGAGUUCUUUGGUACUCUAUCUCGUGAGUGCACAUUAGAAUGCAAGAAGGACCUUCUGUUAAUGAAUCUAAGAGGAAAACUCUAG